GAAGCGACGAGAAGAAGAAGGAAGCGGUGGCGGUGGCUGCGGCGGUGGCUGCCCGGGAGGCUGCGGCGGGCGUCGAGGUGGGCGCGGCGACGCGGGCCGGGGAGUGAGCGGCGGCGGCCGGGCGGGCAGGCUGGGCGGCGGGCCCGAUGUGGCUGCAGCAGCGCCUGAAGGGGCUACCGGGGCUGCUGUCGAGCAGCUGGGCCCGCCGCCUCCUCUGCCUCCUCGGCCUCCUGCUGCUCCUCCUGUGGUUCGCGAGCUCCGGGGCGCGGCGGGCGGCGGGCGGCCUGCACCUGCCGUCCUGGGCCCGCAGCGAACCGGGCGCCGCCGAGCCGUCCGCCUGCCUGGAGGCGGCCACCCGCGCGUGGCGCAGCCUGCGUGAUCGCGGCGAGGCAGUGCCGCUGGGCCCCGGGGUGCCAGCCCUAGUGGCCAACGGCUUUCUGGCUCUGGACGCCGCCCACAACAAGCUGUGGGUGACGCCCGGAGAGCGGGAGCCUGCCGUGACGCCGGACUUCGUGCCCUUCGUGCAGCUACGCCCGCUGAAUGUGCUGGCCGAGGCUGGUGAGGCGGUGCUGCUGCUGCGGGAGGGCCUGCUGCGCCGAGUGCGCUGCCUGCAGCUAGGGACCCCGGGCUCGGGCCCCGUCGCUGGUGUCCCUGGGCCCGCCUCGGCCUCCGGGCUCUCCGCGGGGUCGGGCCGUGACUGCGUGCUGCUUCAAGAGGACUUCCUGGCGCACCGAGGCCGACCCCACGUCUAUCUGCAGCGCAUCCAGCUCAACAAUCCUACGGAGCGCGUGGCUGCGUUGCAGACUGUGGGACCCACCGCGGCCCCUGUCCCCAAGUCCUUCACCAGCACCCUGGAGAAGGUCGGAGAUCAUCAGUUCCUUCUCUACUCGGGCCGGUCCACACCCCUUCCAUCAGGGCUGGUGCAUCUGGUAGUGGUGGCCUCUAAGAAGUUAGUGAACAGACUCCAGGUGGCUCCCAAGACGCAGCUGGACGAGAUGGUGCUGUGGGUGGUGCAUGUCUCUGGUCCCAUGCACCCUCAGGUGCUCAAAAGCAAAGGAACCAAGGAGCUCAAGGCGCUGCAGGACAUGGCACGGAAGGAAAUGCUGGAGUUGUUGGAAAUGCCUGCCUCAGAGCUGCUUCAGGAUCACCAGCGCCUCUGGGCCCAGCUGUUCAGCCCGGGUGUGGAGAUGAAGAAGAUCACAGACGCCCACACGCCAUCUGGCCUGACCGUCAACCUGACCCUGUACUACAUGCUGUCCUGCUCACCAGCCCCUCUGCUUAGCCCUUCUCUGAGCCACAGGGAACGAGACCAGAUGGAGGCAACACUCAACUAUGAAGACCACUGCUUCAGCGGCCAUGCCACCAUGCAUGCCGAGAACCUGUGGCCUGGCCAGCUCUCCUCAGUGCAGCAGACCCUGCAGCUGGCUGACCUGUGGAAGCUGACCCUUCAAAAGCGCGGCUGCAAGGGGCUGGUGAAGGUCGGCGCUCCGGGCAUCCUGCAAGGCAUGGUGCUCAGCUUCGGUGGGCUACAGUUCACAGAAAACCAUCUGCAGUUCCAGGCCGACCCUGAGGUACUCCACAACAGCUAUGCGCUGCAUGGCAUCCGCUACAAGAACGACAACAUCAACCUGGCGGUGCUGGUGGAUGCCGAGGGCAAGCCCUAUCUGCAUGUGUCUGUGGAGUCCCGAGGCCAGCCUGUCAAGAUCUACGCCUGUGAGGCAGGCUGCCUCCAUGACCCUGUGGAGCUGACCUCGGAACCCGAGGGCCACACUUUCUCUGUCAUGGUGACACAGCCCAUCACACCUCUGCUGUACAUCUCCACCGACCUCACACACCUGCAGGACCUGCGGCACACACUGCACCUUAAGGCCAUCCUGGCCCACGAUGAGCACAUGGCCCAGCAGGAUCCCGGCUUGCCCUUCCUCUUCUGGUUCAGUGUGGCCUCCCUCAUCACCCUCUUCCACCUCUUCCUCUUUAAACUCAUCUAUAAUGAGUACUGUGGGCCUGGAGCCAAGCCCCUCUUCAGGAGCAAGGAGAUGGGACUGCCCCCUCUACCAAGAAGCUCUGUGGUUUCUGGUUUAAGGCCAGGCUUUCAGAGAAAGCAGUGCUUGGCCGUCAGGAGCAGGCAUCAAACGGAGGCAGGUCUGAGUCCCUUACGAUGGGGGAGCCAGUGGAGACUUGGGUCGGAAAGCAGUGUGGAGAAGGCCUUCCCGGUAGCCAGCCUUUGGCCAGCUAUGAUAGAAAAGGUGGGUCUUGCAGGCUCUUUCCCCCUAUUGGCCAUUGGCCUCUUGCCCUUGCUCUUGCUUGGCAUGUAUGUUCUUAUAUGUUCAAAAUACAAUUGGGAAGACAGCUCAAACUGCCCCCCCUGAGGAGCUGCCCAUGCUCCUCAUUGCCAUGCUGGAGAAACAGUCCCAACCAACAUGCCUGGCUGUUCUGUGAAUGUUUCUAUAGCUGGGCCGAGGGUUGGUGGUGAGCAGUGACCUCUUGUUUCAUUGAGCAGGAAGAUCCCAGUGUUUGAGUGAACCUCGACUCCCACUCUCCGCCACCGUUUGCACAGGACACUCAGCAUUGAGCAUCCCGCUGCCGCGUGAACAGGGAGCCUUUGGAAGCACCAACCCUUUGUGCCUUGUGGGGGACAGUGACUCAGAAGCGCUUGUGGGUACAAGAGUUUGCACUGGAGGGGAAGGAGGGCCGAGGACUUGUGUAAGUUUUCCCGUCAAUAAAACAAACCCGUAGGGAGAAUACUUGAAGUUGAGCGCACUCCUUCCACUUCCCCCAUUUCUUCUAUCCAGGAAAUAGAGCUUCUUUAAAGACUUGUUUAGGAAAGAUUGUGUUCUUUUCCUAAUUUAAUGUGUUCUUUCUUGAAUGGAUUUCUAAUUUAUUUUUGUUGAAGAUUUGCUGGAUGGCUUUUCAUCCACCGUAGAUCAGGACUGUUGGUGACAACAAUCGAUCCCUGCCACCUCAUUGGUACCCAGAGGCCCCACACAGUCUGGAGGCUGGACCUGACUCCAGCUGACCACCCUGCCUGGGGAAGGUGUGGUUCCCCGCCCUCCCUCCGCUGGUUUGCACAUUGCCUCUUUCCUACUUUGAGCCAGUGGGGUCUGUGCUUUUGUACUUCGGGUCCCUGGGACAGGUAUUUAACUUUCUAGUGAUGAUGGUUGUUGGGUUUUGAAAUACCAAAGCUUUUUUGUUCUUUUUUAAAUAAAUAUCUUUCAAAUUUC